AUAUGUUAGCGUUGGCCAUGUUCACUGAAGUUCCCGACAAGCCUCCAUCUAUCAAUGGUCCAACUGGCACCCAACCGAUUCGGGGCUUCGACCAUCUGCACCAUCUUUUUAAUUACACGAUGCAAAAGGUAGCACCGCAGCGGAGUAUCGAUAAGUACCACAUGGACCUUAUUGGAUUCCCUUUCAACGCAGUGCUUGACUGGCCCUUAACUACGCCGAGCGGAUACGCGCUCUUCCUGAACAAGACAGUGAACGUCCAUACCAAGAAUAUUCUAGAGUACUGGAGAGAUAAUUUCUUGACCAUGUCAGCUUCCGCAGGCGUAUUAACUGAAGAGCCAAACAGCUGGCUGUCCGAGGAAGCCCGCAAGGUAAUCGAAGAUGACAUCAACCUCGAUCCAAACCACUGGUACAGCUUCGAGGAACUAUUCGGCUACAGCAAGAAGGACGGCGAGCACUGGGGCUUCAAAUCCCGGGGCAGCUUCUUCACCUGCAAGUUCGCAGAUUACCAUAAGCUUCGGCCUGUCUAUGCACCAGACGAUGACUCCUGGGUAGUGAGUCCCUGUGAAUCGAAGCCGUUCGCACUCCAAACCAACGUGAAGGCCUACGAUAUCUUCUAGCUGAAAGGUCAACUCUACUCUGUAUACGAGAUGCUAGACAAUGAAGAGGAGGCAGAGGUAUUCUUCAACGGGACCAUCUAUCAAGCCUUCUUCAGCGCCACAUCAUACCAUCGCUAACAUUCUCCCGCCAACGGCAAAAUCAAG